ACGACCCAAUUGAAUUUGACUUAUUCAAGAAAGAUAUGUUAGGAAGCACGCAUUAAAUCGUGCAUUCUGGCCCUAGCGUCACGUAGCGUGUAAACAGGAAGUCACAUGAGGACGCGAAACCUCGGAAGAACGAUGCCCAGUAAAGUUUGCGUCGACAUAAAACAGAACGAACACGUCAUGUACUUUCGAACGUGUACUCAACCACUCUUUGCUAGCCUCGUUACUUGUAUAUCGGUUAUCUCUACGACAUGACUGCAAUGGUCGCACCGCAACCUUACACGCGACAGCAUGCAUUUUCGACGUCACGGAAUUUGCUGAACCUUGACUGCAGCGCGGACUUGAAGUCGUAUCGACGAGACCUUGGUCCUGGCGUUCAAGCAAAAUGCUUCGAGAAGACGAGCGAUACGAUACGAGCGCAAUUAGACGAUCAUCGAGCUUUCCUGUUACGGCAUCGUCAGAGUGGACAGGCUUCUGGAUUUCCCAGUCCUGUUCCACGACUUGAGGUCCCACAGUCGCAUACUGUGCACAGCAAUAAUGCCAUCCCACCACAGUUGGCAGCGCCGAACAACAAUUACCACACCGCAUCCCAUCCUCGACCGCUUCAAAUUCUAUCGCAGCCACAUGCGCCGCAGCAAACGGUACCGCCAUCUCGGCGUGGGAGUCCAGUGCCCGGGCAUAUAGGGACAUACCCUGCAGGUCUUCGACAGGCACUGGAGCGCUGUAGCCAGUACGGCCACCAACGCCAGCCAGGUACUGUGUGGGAAAUCAUCACAGAUACUAAAAGCGAUUAUAUGGAUAGCUCGAAGGAUGUGGUAGGAGCGUACGAGAGCUUACAAGAAGCAAACAUGCAGGUCGCCAAUGUCUUCCUGUUCGACAGAUAUUACGCUUCGGACGACGAACCCACGUACGAAGUAGAGGGCGACGGCGGUCUCAAAAUUCGGUGCAAAACGGAUGGUUCAACCGGAAGAUAUGUGGAGAUCUACGUGGAGAGCGCACCAGCCAGACGAACGCUUGGUCCAGGGAGAAGAUAAUUCCGACAUGAACCAGUGUGGGAGAUGCAUCUCUCGCCUUAUCUACAG